GCAGGAUAAUUUUUCGUCCGCGCUGCUUGUGUCUUCGGUUCGGCUCCUCUAAAGAAAAUUAAAAAAUCCUUAAAAAAUAUCAGAAUUUCAAGAUGGAUAUCCGUUAAAUAGCAACGACAGGAAAACUAUUGGUUUCUCUUCAAUUUUACCAAGUGAUAUAACUAAAAAAAUACGCAGAAUUUGUUCUAAUUAGAUGUGAAAAAAAAAAAUUAUUUUAACAAAAAAAAAAAGGAAAAAAAAGUGCAAAGUGUAAUAUCUAAACAAAAUAAUCGAAAAAAUAUAGCCAAUAAGAGCCCAACUAAAUAUAAAGCCUUGAAGAAAUGCCAACAGCUCGCAGCCCAAAGGGGUGGCAUUUGUAGUUGUGGUUGUCGGUGAGGGUGUGGAAGUGGGAGUGGGUGUGGGUGUAGCUGCAAGUGCAACGUUAUUUGGGUCAAAAGCUACAGUAGCAGCAGCAAACUUCCAGGGGUCCACCUGUUAUGCAGCUGGCUUAGGAGCGGACCAGAUAGCGAGGAAGAGGCAGAGGCAGAGGCAGAGGAAGAGGAGCAGCCAUGGAGACCAGCAGCAGUAGUCAGCCAGCGAAGGUGCAUCGCCAGCACCAGCGCCAGCGACGGACGGAGGCCCGCCAACGGCGACUGGAACGGGAGGCAGCUGCAACAGGACCAGGACCAGGAUCAGGAGCAGGUACUUCAGUUGAGAUAAGCACACCCGAAAGGCAGGAACGCCAGGAGGCCCUGGACUGUGCGACGGCGUUGAACGAGGAUUUGGGCGGCGGAGGCGGAAGCGUGGGCACCCCCAGCAGCGCGGGUCGCAUCAGUGCUCAGAGCUCCGCGGACAGCAUUGAAAUGGUGGGCUCACCAAGUCAAACAUCUCAGCAAACGGUGGUCCUGGUCAACGGACAUGCACCGCCCUCGCAGGACGAUGCCGCCCACGAGCCACAGCAGGAGGAGAGCGCCCAACUGGGGGCCCGGGAAUCCCCGCCACCGCCACAACUACCGUCGGUAGCGAAGCAAAGCGACGGUAGCCGCAACUCGUCCGGGGACGCGAUGAGUCUGCGGGAGACCCUGCAACAGCUGCCGGCCACCCAUCACCAUCACCAUCGGUCACGACGCACUCACUCGCCGCAGUCCCUGGAGGCGGACUCCUCGUUCCAUCGCGGCAUACUCGGUUACAUGGAUCGCGAGCUCAAGCAGUGUUCGCCCACCCCCUCCGCCUCGGGCAACGGAAACGGGAAUGCAACGGGUGCCUCCCGGAAGCAGCAAUCUCUGUCGGAUCCGCAAGCCAGUCCCGCCCAACGAUCGCUCCGGUCGCGGAGCAGCUUCGACAAGAGUCCCCGGCGGAAGCGCAGCAAGUCCGAGUCUCGACGGCGGCGGGAACGCAAACUUAUCGCCGCCGGGGAGAUGGAGGUGCGGCAGGCCAACGAGACGCUAAUGCGGUACCUGAAACAAUGCUCCGAUAUGCACGACGCCUCGCUAUCCGGCGAGCUGGAGAUCGACCAGAGCUACGAGGAGCGUCGCGUCCAUCGGAAGACCAAGUCGCAGCGGGACAAGCGGGGCCAGCUAAUCAGCAAACUAUAUACGGCUGGGGGGAUAUCCUCCAUCCUCAAGGAGCUGGCCGACGACAUCGCCCCGGCAGACGGCGAGGAGAUCUACAACCCCUUCACGCCAGUAGUCUCGCCCACGGACGAUGCGCCCGCGCACAUCGACAAGAUGUUCCUGCAGACGUCAUCCGGGUAUCGACCGGUGGAGCACAGCUACUACAAGCGCUCCUUCCUGGGGGCUGGUGGCGGACGCAGUGCCGGUGGUCCUUCGGGCUCCGGCGGCGGUGUCGGUGGCAGCCAUAUCGAUGGUAUCUCGGCCGCGGAACUGGGUGGCGCCGGUCGCCUCUUUCGUUCCAACGGCAGUCAUGGCGGUGUGGCUGGUGGUCCCGGUGUCAUAUCGGGCAGUGGUCGGGGCAGCUAUGGAGAUACCCGUUGCCUGCUCGAUGGCGAGUAUCAUCGAAACGCCAUCACCAACAAUAUACAACUAGCCUGUGUAGUUCAACGAAUCUGGCUGCUCAUCUCGAAUAUAUGCCACGGCCUGCUAGCUGGUCUAGCUCUGGCCCAUCUUCUCUUCGUGCUGAGCAGCCAUCCCAUGGACUGGGCCAAGGUCAUCAACGGUAUGAGUCUCGCGGGCGAGACCAUGACCUCAGCCCCAACCACGUCACCAUCAUCCGCAUCGACGGCUUCAGUGAUCGAACUGCCAACAACGGCGGGUUUGGGUCUAAGUCCUGGCGAUCGGGGCACAGGGUCGGAUGGAUCUACAACCACGGUAUCCGGACCCGGCAGUAGCGAUGCCUUGGCAUUGAUAGGAGACUACGCAGGAUUUGCGGAGAUCUAUUUAAACACCUUCUACUGCUUGGCCAUCAUCUGUCUGGUUUCCGUUUUCGAUCGCAUGGACAUCUGUCGCUGGAGCUUCUCGAAUGCCAGCGAAUUGAUCUCGUUUCGCUGGCUCAUCAUCACCAUGAUCUAUGUGGCGACAAUAAUCCUUACAAUAUGCUCCGAUUCCAUUGACGAGAAGCUGUACCUGUUCAACAACAAUGCCAACAUCACCUUAACCCAACAGGAAAUGCUGAGCAACAGCGUCCAGAGCGUUUGGAGCAGCCUGUCGGUGACCAGGAGCAUUGCCGCCAUAUCGGGAUGGAUUAUGAUCGGACUGACGCCGCAGGAGGACAUGCUGUAUGAGCAUCUGGUCGACCUUAGCAAAUAUCAGUUGACAAAUAAUUGAACUUAAGGGCACACGGUAAUUCGGCAACAACAAAAAACUGUACAUACCAUUUAUAGUUGAACUUGUAGCAGCUGUUGUUUAGUUACUGGCUUUUUAUAUGUACAAUGUAUGGCAUAAUCAAAGCGCAAUAGGACUCUUAUGUAUACCCAAUACUUAAGCUUUAAAGUUGUAUCUUAAGGAUUCACUUGGAUGCCCUUCACAGGCCGCUAGAACAAACAACAAAUGGACGAUAAUCCAAUUAUAUACUAAACCAAUAAGCAAAAGAGUAAUCCUUCGAGUUAGCUACUAAGCAAAUAUAUAGCGAACACAGGUUAGGGUCAUAAU